AAUCCCCGCAGCUCAGUUUGCGUGCAUAACCCUCGCCUUUGCCGCAUUUCAAUCCCAGGGCCAAAUCAGGAACAGCUAUUCGCAUUCAACACAUCUUCGCCACUUAGUGCUUUUCGUCAUCUACAGUCACCGCUAGCGGAUCUUCACUUUUCGUUUUGCCUCCCACAUGGCAAGUCUUCGUCCCCCUUCCAGUCCUUCCCCUUCUCCACUCAACGCUGAAAACGGGCGUUCUUCUACCAACGCGCACGCAUCCAUGGGUCCACGUCAAGCUCUCUCUCCUCGCCCUCAUGGCGGUGGAAGUGGAGUUCGUCCCACUAGCGAGUUGCUGAGCAGUGCUGCCAUGUUCCAGACACCCGAGUCCGAAGCAAUUGAUCAGUGGUUUGAAAAUCUUCAGAACUACGAGGAAACCCUUGAAGACAUGGCGGCAGCCUCCCUGGACGUCAACUUCAAAGAAGAAUUAAGUGCCAUCGAGCAAUGGUUCAAGGUUCUUUCCGAGGCAGAGCGCACUGCGGCCUUGUACAGUCUACUUCAGCAAUCCACUCAAGUACAGAUCAGAUUUUUCAUUACAGUGUUGCAGCAGAUGGCACGAUCUGAUCCCGUGACCGCUUUAUUGAGCCCUGCUGUGGGUGGAUCGAUGCAAAGUCAGAUGGAGGCCAAACUUGCCCAAAUGACAUUGAAAUCCCCUUCGUUGAAGUCACCCCUGCCGGCGUCUCCUCGUGUCUUCAGCGGCAACCAAAACAGGCAGUCUCUUGCCCUCGAUACCACUUCAUCAGGUUUUCUCUCACCCGAUUCCGCUGCCCUUGGCACUAAUCACGAUGCGGCUGCUACUCUCGCGCAGCAACGCGCAAGACUGAAAGCGAGCAAUGCUGCUCACCGCAUAUCGGCACCCAUUCUUGCUUCAGGCAGUGGAGACACCAGGACCACGUGGGGGUCUGCCCUUAGCCAAGUUGCCGAGCAGAAUCUCAAUUCCCCUGCGCAGGAGAUCAUAGUACCUAAUAGUAGCAACGCUUCGCGACCCAAGAGUACAGAGUUUAGCGGGUCUCUGGGUAUUUCACGCACUGGUGUUGACCCAUUGUCUCCCAUGGUCGGCGACAGCUGGGCGAGCAACGUCAACACCCCAUUGAUUCCCAUGUUUAACAAAGACGGGCAUAGCUCUACUCAGAAUCUCGAUGCAGCUGCCCAAAAGCUCAACGAUUGGAAUGGUUCCCAACCUCGCGUCCCGCUUAUGGCGGAUCCAAAGUCUUUCCGCCGCCCCUCCAAGGGUAAUACCAGCCAGAACAUCACUGGCUCCGACGCUGGUAGCGCAUACGAGAACGAGGGUAGCCUUGCUUCCUCUCAACAACCCUUGCAACGGAAGAACCCUACACAAGUCCCGUCGAGCAAUAGCGUGCAGUUCCCAGGCACACAACAAGGGCAAUGGAACGGAACUCGGAGUCCCGCACUGCAACAGCCGAGCAGGUUCAGUGGAGAGGACGCCAAUGCUUCUGCCCUGAACGGAUUGGGUAUGGGCGGUUUUGGCAUGGCCGGAUUGGGAAGUCCUGGUUUGGGGAUGGGCAUGCCAAGUGCUAGUCUUUUGGCAGGAAUGAACCCGCUGCAGAUGAACAUGUUGAAUUUACAAGCACAAAUGAACGCAAUGGGGAUGACUCCCGAAGCGCAAAUGAUUGCGGCUCAGAUGGCUACCGCUGGACUUGCGCAGCCAAACUGGUUGAGUCUUCAACAAGCUGCAUUGCAAGGCAACAGCAGUAACAAUAACCCAAAUAACAGGGGCCGGGGAGGCGGCCGGUCUCCUGGACCGAAGACGGGCUCUUCAGGUGGGAACGGCGCUGGAGGGAAUGGCGCGGGGACCAAGAAGGACGAUGAUGACGUUGAUCCUGCAUUGCUGGUGGAUAUACCGGCUUGGCUCAGGAGCCUGAGGCUACACAAAUACACCCCUAAUUUCGAAAAGAUGAAAUGGCAGGAUAUGGUGGUAUUGGACGACGCGGAACUGGAGGCCAAGGGAGUGGCCGCACUCGGUGCGAGGCGCAAGAUGCUCAAGACAUUUGAGGUUGUGAGGAAGAAGAUGGGUAUUGAGACGCCUCCAGGUUUCAACGCGGGUGUUGCUGCUGACGGUGCGAAGGAGGGAUAAGUACGAGUGAAGUCCACAAGGCUGUUAUGAUCGUUCUUUUUGUUUUGUCUAGUGUUCUUAUGAUCUACAAUGUGUUCCCUAGGUACAUACUCUAUGACAGCACACACUUGGCUGGUAUGAAUGGACAAUCUGCGAAUGUACAAUACGUAGUUAUCGGGCUUUCGGGCAUGUUCCGCGACGUUUGGGACGUGUGUCGAUAUUUUUGUGUGCAGGAACCUGCCAGGCAGGGACAGACGGUGGCAACUUU